UAAGCUCGCACUUUUUCAGUAAGUGAAACCAAAGAAAUGAUGAAAGAGUGAUGAAAAAAUAAUGCAAACAAUUAGUAUUUCCUGGGAAAGGGGCUGGGCAGCAUGUCCUCAGCAGGUCAGCCCAGUGUUUCAGUUUGUGAAUAUUUGAGCAAGGUUAAGCAUAAACUGCCAUUGGUUUUAAUUGAACAGCAGAAGGAUGGCAAAUAAGAUACACCACAGCAAGGAAAAAACAAACAAACUAUAUGUAGCAUUUUAUUUGAAGACUUAAUUAAAUAUUGUAACUUCAAGCCAAGUUUUGUUACAGUAAAUAUUGAAACAAUCUCCUCAAUCCUGCCUUACAAAAGGUACACAGAAAUGAAAUAUGUUGUUUUAAAUAUCCUUUUUGUUUUAUAUUUUCCAGGAUCUCCUUUUGAUUUUUUUCUUAAUUAUAUUCCUCCUGAACUGAAGAAUAAAUGGGAUCUGAAAUGAAUUUAAUAGGACAUCCCCAGCUAGCUACUGCAGAUGGAUUUUCUCUUGUUGAAGGUCCUCAUUUAUUUGGUGUCCUUUCAGAGCCAAUGAGUUCUCCAGUGCAAGAGGCAGAUGUUUCACCUUACACACAGUACAACAGUGUGCCAUUUCCCCAAGUUCAGCCUCAGAUUUCAUCGCCACCUUAUUACUCCAACCUGGGCUUCUACCCUCCACAGCAUGAGGAAUGGUAUUCCCCUGGGAUGUACGAGCUCCGAAGAAUUCCCUCAGAGACAUUUUACACAAGGGAGACAGAGAUAAUGGAUAUCCCUGCAGCCAAAAAGCCUAGACUGGGUCACUCCACAGGAAGAGUGAAAGGAGAAGAGCUCUGCGUGGUCUGUGGUGACAAAGCCUCUGGGUACCACUACAAUGCUCUUACCUGUGAAGGAUGCAAAGGGUUCUUCAGAAGAAGCAUCACAAAAAAUGCAGUAUACAAGUGUAAAAAUGGAGGCAACUGCGAGAUGGACAUGUAUAUGAGGAGAAAAUGCCAGGAGUGCCGUCUAAGGAAAUGCAAGCAAAUGGGAAUGUUGGCUGAAUGUCUGUUAACAGAAAUACAAUGCAAGUCAAAAAGGCUACGGAAAAAUGUGAAACAGCCCCCAGAUCAAACGGUCAAUGAAGAUAACGAAGGACAUGACAUGAAGCAAGUGACAUCUACAACUAAAAUGUAUAGGGAGAAAGUAGAAUUUACCCCAGAACAGCAGAACCUUCUUGAUUACAUCAUGGAUUCAUACAGUAAACAACAAAUACCUCAGGAGGUGUCAAAAAAGCUAUUACAUGAGGAAUUCAGUGCUGAAGGGAAUUUUCUGAUUUUAACAGAAAUGGCUACCAGUCAUGUUCAGGUUCUUGUGGAAUUCACUAAAAAACUACCAGGCUUCCAAACCCUUGACCAUGAAGAUCAGAUUGCUUUGCUGAAGGGCUCAGCUGUAGAAGCCAUGUUCCUCCGUUCAGCUGAGAUCUUCAGUAGGAAACUUCCUACAGGACAUACCGUUCUUUUAGAAGAAAGAAUUCGUAACAGUGGUAUCUCAGAUGAAUUCAUAACCCCCAUGUUUAAUUUUUAUAAAAGUGUUGGAGAGCUGAAGAUGACACAGGAAGAAUACGCGCUGCUCACAGCAAUAGUUAUCCUGUCCCCAGAUCGACAAUACAUAAAGGACAGAGAGUCCGUGGAAAGGCUUCAAGAACCCCUGCUGGAUAUUCUGCAAAAGUUCUGCAAACUUCACCACCCAGACAACCCUCAACACUUUGCAUGUCUUCUGGGCCGCCUCACAGAAUUACGGACAUUUAACCAUCAUCACGCAGAGAUGCUGAUGUCAUGGAGAGUGAACGAUCACAAAUUCACGCCUCUUCUCUGUGAGAUCUGGGAUGUGCAGUGAUGGAUAUUGUUUAUUUUAUUUUAGGGUAAAUAUAUUAUUAAAGGACCACAAAGCAUUUAUUUUCAUAGAAAAAUACACCACAAUACAUUAAAUUCUCUUUAUUGCAUUUUUAUAGAAACAUGCCGUGGAUUCAUAAAAGUCAUUUUGUUCAUUAGACACAGAAUACCAUGUAGCUAUGAGAUUUUCAUAUAAGUUGUAACUCUUUCUGUAUUUAUAUUCUCUGAUCAGGAAGAAUUCACCAUCUCCUUGGAGGAGCCCCAUUAAUUCCUUCUGCAAUUAGGCUGAUUGCAGUUGCAGUUCCUCUUGAAAAACGGGGCAAUGCAUGUUUCCAUUUGUAUUUUUUUUUUCAUUGCAGCAUCUUUGCGCUUGGUCUCCAUUAAAGAGUAGAUGCCAGAUACUUACUGCAAUAAACCAGCAGACUUGACUAACGCUGUAGCCAUUUGCUGUCUAACCGUGGCGCGUGUUCGCGUAAAGAUGCACAAGCCCUGAUUUCUGCAGGCGGUGAGGAAUGGUGGAGAAAAGCCACACACACGAGAAAAACAUUUUUGUGACACGGAUGUGUAACUUAUUUCGCAUUACUAUUUCGCAGUAAAAGUUAUACACCUGUAUGCUUUGUGCGAGCGCGGCACGGGUCGUUUUGCUUUCCACCGCCUUUAUAACGGUGCCACCCAUAAAUGUAUUGCGAAGCAGUGGUCCUAUAAACACACUUGCCUUUUCCCC